AUAACUCUCCACCAAAAAAAGCCUAUCCUUUUCACCCUUCAGCUCUCACACUUGCAGAAGGGGAGCAAGCGGCUCUGGUGUGUUGGGGGUCCUUGUGAGCUGGGAUUGCUUUCUGUUCAAAAAUGGCGUGCAGGCUUGCAAAUUCUGCGUUCCUCACAACGGGACCCCAUCAGAACCCAAUUCAGAGGCAAAGAAUCGGAACCCAUUACUCUUCAGGAAUCUGCUAUCUGAGAUUGGACGGCGCUCUCCGAAAGGGAAUCAAAAGGCAGCAAUGUUCGAGUCGUAGAAAUUGGACGGCGGUUGUGCAGGCGGUUGCCGUUCCAGUUGCGCCGCCUCCGGAAGCUGGCAGUGCCGAGUACAGAAAACAAUUGGCUGAAAGUUAUGGGUUCAAACAGAUUGGAGAGCCGCUUCCGGAUAACGUUACGCUGAAGGAUGUCGUCGAGACCCUUCCGAAGAAGGUGUUUGAGAUUGAUGAUGUGAAAGCAUGGAAGUCAGUUCUAAUAUCUGCAACUUCCUAUGCAUUGGGGCUCUUUAUGAUUUCGAAAGCCCCAUGGUAUCUACUUCCUCUGGCUUGGGCAUGGACAGGGACUGCAGUUACUGGGUUUUUUGUUAUAGGUCAUGAUUGUGCGCACAAAUCAUUCUCAAAAAACAAAUUACUGGAAGACAUCGUUGGAACGCUGGCCUUUCUGCCGUUGAUAUACCCAUACGAACCAUGGCGGUUUAAGCAUGAUCGUCAUCAUGCAAAAACAAACAUGUUGGUGGAGGAUACAGCUUGGCAGCCUGUUUCUAAAGACGAGUUUGAUUCAUCUGCUAUUUUUCGCCAGGCAAUCAUUUAUGGAUAUGGCCCACUUCGGCCUUGGAUGUCAAUAGCUCAUUGGAUGAUCGUCCACUUCAAUUUGAACAUGUUCAGACCAAGUGAAUUGAAAAGGGUGAAGAUAAGUUUGGCUUGUGUUUUUGCGUUUAUGGGGAUUGGCUGGCCAUUGAUCGUGUACAAGGCAGGGAUCUUGGGAUGGAUAAAGUUUUGGCUGAUGCCAUUUUUGGGAUAUCACUUUUGGAUGAGCACAUUCACAAUGGUACACCAUACUGCGCCGCAUAUACCUUUCAAAACUGCAGAUGAGUGGAAUGCUGCUCAGGCUCAACUUAAUGGAACAGUGCAUUGUGAUUACCCCGGAUGGAUCGAGACCCUCUGCCAUGAUAUCAAUGUCCAUAUACCACACCACAUAUCUCCAAGGAUUCCAAGUUAUAACCUACGUGCAGCUCACAAGUCUCUUCAAGAAAACUGGGGAAAGUAUAUGAACGAGGCUACAUGGAAUUGGCGUUUGAUGAAGACGAUACUGACGGUAUGCCAUGUUUACGACAAGGACGAGAAUUACGUUGCAUUUGACAAACUUGCCCCUGGAAUCGAGUCUCAUCCAAUUAAGUUCCUUAAAAAAGCAAUGCCCGAUUAUGCUUGAUCUACUUGUGUGCUUCGUAGGGUCACAUCCGUUUUGGUGCUUAUCUCUUACCUUUUCCUUUUGGGUCAAGAUAGGUAUGCUAUCCCAAUUUUUCUACAUGUUAUUGCUUAUGCUUACACUCCUUUUUAGAAUUUUUUUUAUAUUAUAAAUGGAGAAUCGAUUGACAGAAAUUUCCCGGAA